AUGGCGGGGCCGGCGCUGUGUCCCGGGCUCAGCAGCUGGUUGGUGCCUCUGCUGCUGCUCCUUUCAGCAGGUGAGACGGUGCUGGAGGCCAAAACAGAGGCGCUCUACCGGAAUCCCAAAGGAGGCUCGUGUUCCCAGAUCUGGCAGCACCCACGUUUCGUGGCCAAGAAACGGGGCUCCAUGGUGGAAAUCAAGUGCCGCCUGGAGGACUCCGGCAGCGUGAGCUGGCUCCGGAAGCAGGAGGCGGACUCGGAGGCCAAGCUACUCCUCCCCGAAAAGGGCCGCAUCCUCCAGACCCACAACAGCAGCGAGGCCACGCUCGUCAUCCAGGACGUCCAGUUCCCGGACAACGGCAUCUACUUCUGCGAGGUGGAGUGCUCGCAGAGGCCCCCGAGGACAGAGCGCGGCUGUGGCACCGAGCUUCGGGUCAUGGGGUUCAGCACCUUGGCGCAGCUGAAGCGGCGGAACACGCUGAAAGAUGGCAUCAUCAUGAUCCAGACCCUGCUCAUCAUCCUCUUCAUCAUCGUGCCCAUCUUCCUGCUGCUGGACAAGGAUGACAGCAAGGCCGGGAUGGAGGAAGAUCACACCUAUGAGGGCCUGGACAUUGACCAGACAGCCACUUACGAGGAUAUAGUGACGCUGCGGACAGGAGAGGUGAAGUGGUCAGUGGGUGAACACCCAGGCCAGGAGUGA